AAUAGUUGUUACUGUUCUCAUCGGUGGAGCCGAUUAGUCGUGUCGUUCGUUAGAGUUUGUUCGCACUAUUUUGCCGUUUGUUUUCCGAAAUGGCUGAUCAGUCGGAUCUAACGCUGUUUGUGAAGGCCUCGACCAUCAAUGAUGCGGAUUUCGGAGCGGACGUUUUUUCUCAGAGGUUCAUGAUGAUGUUUGUCUUGAAAGAUUUGCGGGUCAACAUCAGCCUGGUGGAUGCGAUUAAGAGCAGAAGCAUGAAAAAAUUACCAGCUUUGAAGAUAUUAAACGACGACGACCUAAUUGAGGAUCCCAAGGAUAUCGAGAAGUGUAUCGAAAAGAUGACUGCAGACCAUCCAUUGCGAAUUGAAAAUGACGAAAUUAACGAACUUGUAUUUAAAGGUCCUGGUAGCGGAGUUUACCAUAAGUUCAAUCAACUGGCGAAGAACACAGACCCAAACACAGAUGAAAGGCUUAAAGCGAAUCUUAAGGAGGAACUUGCAGCGCUCGAUGCGUUUCUUCGAUCGGAGAAAAUGCCCGGGAGAUUUCUCGGUGGCCACAAUUUAUGUCUUCCCGACUGUAUCUUGCUUCCCAAAUUGUUGCACAUCAAAGUGGUGGCCAAAGUCUUCAAAGAUUUCGAUAUUCCCGAAGAAUUAAUAGGCAUUCACAAGUACUUGGAUGCAGCUAGUGGUAAAGACGGAGAAACUUCAGAUAUCAAUGUCGAAGCGUUCACAAGAACCUCGCCAUCAGAAGAAGUGAUAGUGGAUGCUUGGUCUCGAUGGAUGAAGGUUCCGAACCCUCUACAGAGGCGAAAGAAGCCUUGAUGAUCAUCGAUUUUUGCAGAGAUAGCGGUUAUAAAUGUGGUCUUUAUAGAACUGGGAAUUAGGUCUGUAUUAACUACAACUCGUGUGAAUUUCUCCAGUUUUGUGAGGUAGUAGCUUUGUAAACGGCGUACAAAAGAACAGUGUGUGUACACGUGUUUUAUUUUACGAGUUUGAUAUUUACAUCCAUAUAUUUGUGAUUUGAAUUCUAAGCUAAUGCAGAUGUAGCGCCCAGUAAUUUCCCUCCCGCUGUCUAUGUUAGAUAUAUGCUUUGGGGAAUGAUUACAUUUAUUUUAUUUUUUCUAUCGUCAUAUUCAAUUCGUGAAGUUUUCAAAUUCCUUUAAGAUUGUAGCUUGCUUUCAUUCGUGCGUUUGUGUAAGACACACAUUUGUUGUUUGUACUGCUGUGUUCCGGUGAGCCUCCCGCUACAAUUUUUAUGCCACUUCGUCUCGGGCGAUUUUCGAUCGUGAACGGACAAUGAUGGUAUCGCCCGGCUGUUUUUUAUUCGUUGCUAAGGCAAAAUCCUUCUGGAACGAGGUUAGACGCGUUAUGUAGCCCUUCGCAUUCGAAAUACGCGUAUUGAAGUAAGCUAAUUGUUGAUUUUACUGAUUUACCUUUAAUUAAGGCACCUAAAUUAUUGCUUCAACGCCAGCAAUUUCUACUAUCACUCCCUCGGAAGGAUUAGGCAUGAUCAGAAUUCUUCAGGUUAGGCGUCAUGGCUUUAUUAUUAUUGUUUUUUUUCCGAUUUUGCAACAUGAUCUUGCUCAUAUCGUUGAAUGUUGUCAUGUCACGGUAGGCGAGCAGGGUGUCGCUAAAAUUGAUUGCGAUGUUGAAGUCUUCGUAGUUGUCAGAUUGUCUUUAUGAUUUCCCUGUAGACAAAAUGUGGCAAGCGAAACCUGCUGCAAGGGUGAAAAUUGUGACAGAAGAAUACCGAUGUGGUGGCUCACCAAUUAUUGUUUUCGUUUUUGUCAGGGCUUCAGCUAUAGUUCUAAGUUACCUUGAGUGUGAAUUAAGACAAAGAUGGGUUAGCUUAACGUCAAUACCUUUUUUGCUGAUAUAAUGAGGGGAAUUUGUUAACAGCCUAAAGGCACUCGCUAUCUGUUGGCUCCCAGUGGGAAAGGCAGCCAGUUUUCAUAUUAGAAUCUGGUUGCCACAGUUUCAUGACCUAACAGAUUGGAAUGUCACCAAGGGUUUGCAUAGAACUUGUAAUUGUCUGCCUUGUCAUGCUUUCAUUCCAUGUGACAUUUAUCUCUGUUUACAUAAGCACAGGAACAAAAGAACUUGUAUUUUCAAAACCCAGGGUGGGAGCACAAUAGAGAAAAAAUUUUCCUGUGACAGUAAACUGCUUUGUGAUGUUCUUAAUCAUAUUAUAUAUUUACCUUAUAAAAUCAAAAAGUUUUGAUUCCAGGAGACAUUAGAUAGGAUAGACCAGAAGACUAAGAUAUUGAUUUCAAAUGAAAUUUUUGAGAAUAUUUUAUAACUCAUUCCCAAAAACUGUGGACCAAGAAUGAUUAAUAAUGUAAUAAAAUAAAUCUUGCUCUGAUCCUGUAACAGAUAUCUUUCCAAUACAUGUGCACUAUUGCCUAAGAGUGAAGUCAAGGUACCAGUAGUAAAAUAUAGUUUUCUUGUGUUUUUUUUUUUUAUGAAGUUAGCCAAAGGUGCAGUGCUUAAAAGUACAGAGAAAAGCCAUCAAAGGCCCUGUUAAGACUACACCAAGAAAUUCAAGAAAACUGAAAAUAUUUUAAUCAAUUUUUUUUUGUUUUUGUCAAAGUGUUUGGACUUGAGACGUGCAAACUAUCUGUGUAACCACAAAUGUCCAUCAAUUGAUGUUGUUUUCACCUAAAAGUCAAUGGACAUUUCCUCGACCUGUAGAAUCUGGGAUGUUGUUACCACCCGCAAUGGACAUUUCCUUGACCUGUUGAAUCUAUUUUGAAAUCCUCAUGCACCAGCGUAACUAGUGCAGGAUCACUGCCCCUGUCUUACCAUUCUCUUCAUAGAUCUAUCUCUAAUGGGGUCAUGUAUAUGUAAUGGUACCACUUUGCUUGGUAUAAAUUACAAAAUAUGAUGACCUGUUUAAGGGUAUCUGUCAAGGAACAAUAGAUUUUGUUUUUUUUACUUAUUUACUCAACUUUAAUUAUACAGAUACUAACAAUAUACAAAUUGAAGAUAAAUUAACAACUAAAAAAAAAUAUUCACAAGAUGUGAAUAAUGAGGUCAGUUUAUACAGAAUUCGAAGAUUCCUUAUAAAAAUAAACUGCCUCAAUUAAAAGUAAAAAAAAUAUUACAUAUAAUAUAUUGCAUGGUAGCUCAAAUAGGCACCCAACAAAAAAACUGUAGGCCUCUAAAGUUAGUUGACUGCUUCUUCGAAGUUUGGUGGUACUUGUGAAAAUUUGGGUGAGUUAAUAAAAUUGUUUGCACCAAAUCUG